GAGAGGCCCAAAUUAAACUAGCGGACUCCAUUGCCGUGCUCUUCAGUCUUCACCAUUCUCCUCAAGGCGAUCGAGUUCGCAAUUUUCAGCGUUUGUUAAUGGCGAUGGUAGAAAAAUCCACGAUUUCGCUUUCGAACUGAUAUCGUCUUUGGGGCUGACAAAAAGAAGCUUGUUCUGAAGACUAUGGAAGACGAGGCGGAGAUUUACGAUGGCAUUAGGGCACAAUUCCCUCUCACAUUCGGGAAGCAAUCGAAAGCUCAGACGCCUCUUGAAGCCAUCCAUAGCACCACUCGUCGUAUUACUACAGCGGGUAUUCCAGAAAAAUCUUCUUCCUCACAGAAUAACAAUGCCCUCCCAUCCCUCUCUUCUUCCUCCAAAGCCUGGCUCAACUCACUUCGCAACCCAGCUGUCACGAGGGAUUCUGGGCCUAGCGCGGUCUCGCGUGAUAUUGACGCUGAUGAUGGUUCGAAGAUUGGUCCGCCUCGCCCGCCGGUGGAAUCGAAAUUGGAUGAUGAUGAUGAUGUAAUUAUUGGCCCGCCGCCGCCGCCGCCUGGCAAGGGUUCAGAUGACGAUGAGGACGAUGAUGGUGAUAUGAUUGGGCCUCCACCUCCACCACCGAGUUCGAAUUUUGAGGGUUCGGACGCGGAGGAGGAAGAGUAUGAGGAGAAUCGUUAUCGAAUUCCUCAGAGCAACGAGAUUGUACUCAAGGGACAUACUAAGGUAGUUUCAGCUCUCGCUAUCGAUCACUCUGGGUCUAGAGUUCUUUCUGGUAGUUAUGACUAUACAGUACGAAUGUAUGACUUCCAAGGGAUGAACUCUCGUUUGCAAUCCUUCAGACAACUGGAACCAUUUGAAGGUCAUCAAAUUCGUAAUCUUAGCUGGAGUCCAACGGCUGACCGCUUUUUGUGUGUGACUGGCUCAGCUCAGGCAAAGAUUUAUGACCGCGAUGGACUUACUCUAGGAGAGUUUAUGAAGGGAGAUAUGUAUAUACGUGAUCUGAAGAACACUAAAGGGCACAUAUCUGGACUGACUUGUGGAGAGUGGCACCCUAAAACCAAAGAGACAAUUUUGACAUCGUCAGAAGAUGGAUCUCUGCGAAUAUGGGAUGUAAAUGACUUCAAGGGUCAAAAACAGGUUAUCAAACCAAAGUUGGCCAGGCCUGGAAGAAUUCCAGUGACAACAUGUGCUUGGGAUCGUGAAGGAAAAAGCAUCGCAGGUGGCAUAGGUGAUGGUUCUAUUCAGAUAUGGAACCUUAAGCCUGGAUGGGGAAGCAGGCCUGACCUACACAUUGAAAAUAGUCAUUCAGACGAUAUCACCGCACUUAAGUUUUCAAGUGAUGGGAAAAUAUUACUGUCAAGAAGCUUUGAUGGUUCACUAAAGGUUUGGGAUUUGCGCCAGAUGAAAAAACCUCUCAAAGUGUUUGAUGAUCUCCCAAAUAACUAUGCCCAAACAAAUAUUGCAUUUAGUCCUGAUGAGCAACUCUUUCUAACUGGAACGUCGGUUGAGAAACAGAGCCAAACAGGAGGUCUGCUCUGCUUCUUUGAUAGAACAAAGCUGGAACUUGUUUCCAGGGUGGGAAUAUCCCCUACUUGUAGUGUUGUGCAGUGUGCUUGGCACCCAAAGUUGAAUCAGAUAUUUGCAACUUCCGGAGAUAAAAGCCAGGGAGGAACUCACAUAUUGUAUGAUCCAACACUAAGUGAGAGAGGAGCUCUAGUUUGUGUUGCACGUGCACCAAGGAAAAAAUCUGUUGAUGAUUUUGAGGCAAAACCUGUUAUCCACAACCCUCAUGCCCUGCCGUUAUUUAGAGAUGCACCAAGCCGAAAGCGACAACGCGAGAAAAUACUCAAGGACCCUCUCAAGUCUCAUAAACCUGAACUCCCGAUUACCGGACCUGGCUUUGGUGGAAGGGUUGGUGUAAGUCAAGGGAGCUUAUUAACCCAGUAUCUUAUGAAGCAAGGAGGUUUGAUUAAGGAGACAUGGAUGGAAGAAGAUCCAAGAGAAGCCAUUCUUAAGUUUGCUGAUGUUGCAGCAAAGGAUCCGAAGUACAUUGCACCCGCGUAUUCACAUACUCAGCCAGAGCCUGUGUUUGCAAAGUCUGAUUCGGAGGAGGAAGAUAAAUGACCAUAUACUAUAGUUCUGUCUGGCUUUGCUUGGCAGAUGUUGGGAGAUGAAAAUUUGAAGACGGUAGAUCGAUCUGCAGAUCCUUUGGCUUAUGGGGAGUGAGUUUGCCUCGACACGGAAACGAAAAUUUUCAAGAGCAAAUAUUGGACUGGGAAAAAUGAGGUGAUUAUAGGUAGAUGGUUUAGAAGGAUAUAGCUGUAUUCACUUUGUAUCAUUUUUGUAAUAUGUACAUUAUUUCCAACACAAUUAUCAUAGCUGAAUUAGUUAUUAUUUGUUCUUCUGAGAAGUCGAGAAUUACAGUCUCAUCAUAGUCCAAUCCGGAGUUACCUUAAGACAAAACAUCUCUUUUGGUUUCAUUCAAUUUUAAUAUUUACAUAUAUGUUCUAUUUUGGUUA